AUGACGGUGUUGAGUAUGCGGCUUCCUGCACUUCUUUCCCUGGAGUUGGUCGCCGUAGUCUCCGCCAUAUCCAUUGAGCCUGAGUCGCUUCGUACAGAAGGCGUGACAGCGCCGCUGGGCAUCCAUGCGACCAAUCCGCUGUUGUCUUGGCGCCUCCAAUCUGACCGCCGCGGCGACAAUCAGACAUCCUACCAGCUUCAGGCGGCCUCGAGCUCCGAUGGUUUCGAUGCGCCCGACUUGUGGGAUACUGGAAAACUGAGCGAUAGGCAAGCUUUUGCGUCUUGGAACGGAAGCACUCUCAGUUCCCGGGACCAAGUAUACUGGCGUGUUCGAGCCUGGGACGCGGAUGAUGUUGCGUCAUCAUGGAGUGAGCCUUCCACCUUCGAGCUUGGGUUACUGGAAGAGAGCGACUGGACUGCGCAGUGGAUUGAGAACAAUUACGAGUUCAAGGUCAAUUGCACCGUCGCCAAAGCACGCCUCUACAUAACCGGACUAGGCGUAUUCUACGCCGAACUCAACGGCAAGUCAGUGUCCGACGAAGUCCUCGGCCCCGGAUAUUCUACCAUCAACCGUACCGUGUUGUACCGCGCCUACGAUGUCACCGACCUUCUUACUGAGGGCGACAAUGUGAUUGGUGUUUCGAUUGGCAAGGGCAUAUAUAACUCAGACAAGCCUCUGCUAAACCGCUACCGAAAGUUCACGACGUCGACCAAGCCGCCCAUCCUCAAAUCUCAGCUCGAAUACACGUGCGAUGGUGUCAGCAACUCUGUUGUUUCAGAUGGUACAUGGAUCACUACCACCAAUGGUCCGCUUCUCGAAGCUGCGUGGAAUGGUGGAGAGGAAUUUGACGCCAGGAAAAGCAUCCCCAACUGGUCAAGUUCUCAGGGUGACUGUUCAGAUUGGAAACCUGCCAAUAUUUCCACCGGUCCGAUAGGGGGUGCUGGAAAGCUGUACAGCUCCACCGCGCCGCAGCUCAAGGUCACUGAGACGAUCACAGCAAAGUUGAUAACACAGAGAUCAUGUGGCUAUCUCUUUGACUUUGGCGUCAACUUCGCUGGCUGGUACCAAUUCUCCAUGAACGGAACAGACAAGGCGGGCACUCGAAUCGUCUUCUGGCCUGCAGAGAGGCUUGUCGGCGGGAAUCCUUCACAGACGAAUACUGGGAGCCCGGUGUUCGACGGAUAUACCCUAGCAGGCAAUGAACCUGAGACUUACGGCGUCAACACAACGUGGGCACCGCAACUGACCGAUACGGUUGGCUAUGUUAUUCGGGCAACUAACGAUGAAGUUGGCACUGUUCAAACAAGCAACUCGUUUCUGAACAAGCUUUAUGAGAUCACGGAUCGGUCGAUGAAGAGCAACAUGUACAGCGUGCUGACUGACUGCCCUCACCGUGAGAAGCUCGGCUGGUUGGAGCAAGACCAUCUGCUCUUCGACCUACUCGCCCGACGCUUCGACCUCCAGGCCUAUGGCUACAACCUGAUGCACACCAUUGCUGACGCGCAAGCUCAGUAUGGCGUCAACUCGGAAGGGUUGAUCCCUACCACGGCACCCGAGUACGAUGUGUUUCCGGACAAGUUUCGCGACGACCCGAACUGGGGCUCGGCCAUCAUGCGAGUUGUGAUGCACUUAUAUCGAUACUAUGGCGAUACGAGAGUUCUGAGUGAGAAUUACGACAUCAUGGUCGCGUAUAUGGACUACCUCGGCCGCCGAGCGACCGACUCGGUAAUUGAAGGUGUUGGACUGAGUGACUGGGGCGCCGGCGACGGGAAAACUCCCACCGUGCCUAUCGGGUUGACCAAUACUUUUGGCUAUCAUCAAGCGGCGACGGCCAUGAAGCAGAUUUCCUUCUGGCUGAGCAACUCCGAGGAGGUUCAGAAGUGGGACGAAUUGGCAAGCAGUAUUGGUGAAGCUUUGCACAGCAAAUGGUUUAUUGAUGACACCAACGGCACCACCUCACAAGCGUACUACUCUGGAAAUAUCCAGGCGUCAGACGCUCUUGCGCUCGACUCGGGCGUUGUCCCGGAAGAAUACCAGGACUUGGUGUUUGCGUCGCUUUUGACAUCGAUCGAGAACACUACCUUCUAUCCCACCGUCGGCGAGAUCGCGCUUCCUAGCCUCCUUCGCGUACUCGAGGGCCGAGGCGGGAGCGACGUUAUCUUCAAGAUGCUCACCUCUCCAGGUCUUAGCAGCUCAGGUCUCGCCAGUUACUCUUAUUCAAUCGGGCUAGGGGCCACGAGUCUUUGGGAAUUUCUCGGGCUGGACACUGCGGCCGACGCCGUUCGAUGGAAUCUGAUCAACUACGAACCCAUAUUGGAGGCCAACCUGACCUCGGCUUCUUCUAGCUAUCUAACGCCCACUGGACAAGCCAGCGCCGCCUGGGAGCUUAGCAACAAUGUCUUGACUUAUGACAUUGUGGUUCCCGUCGGAUCCGUUGGUGUUGUGUCACUGAACGCUACCCAAGUGCUAGAAGGAGGCCAGGACGUAAGCGUUGAGCAGGAAGGCAUCUUGGCGGUGGAUGUUGACGAUGCCGCUGAGGCCAAUUGGAAGGUCCGUGUGGGGUCUGUAUCUUACCAGUUUUUCGUGUUAAUUGCUUAA